AUCGAAAGACAGCCGCACCCGAGCAUUAUCACGCACAUCUGGCCCCUAACGAGCACAAGCACAGCACACCCUACAAGAUGGGACUCGCGCCAGACUAUGUGAGCAAGCUGCCAGCGGCGAGCGACGCAGAGACUGCGAGCAAGAUCAACGUCUUUGACGGCGAAGGAGGGCACCAGCCGUUCGGGAAGCUCGUGGCGGACAGCAAGACGGUUGUCGUCUUCAUCCGGCACUUCAGAUGUGGCAUGUGCCAACAGAUGGUCUCUGCACUCUCUGCCAAGCACGACGUCAUCCAGAAAUCAGACACCAAGCUCGUCAUCAUCGGCCAAGGAGACUAUAAGCUCAUCAAGCCCUAUACCAAAUUAUUAGAAUGUCCGUACCCAAUCUAUGCGGACCCGACGAAGAAACUCUACACCGCGCUGGGCAUGACAGUCAGAAAUCUCGAGCAAGGCGCUGCUGGUCAGCCGCGCAAGGAGUAUCUCACACAUGGCCAAUUCAGCGGCCUCAUGCUCAGUAUCACCAAUGCCUUCAAGAUGGGCCAGCUCACCGCAUCCUCGGGUGACAUCAAGCAGCAAGGUGGCGAGUUCAUCUUCGAGAAUGGCAGCCCGGUCUGGGCCCACCGUAUGACUACAACGUCGGACCAUUCUGACGUAGCCGAGCUGCUCAAAGCUGCCAACAUCUCCGCGCAAGACGCGCUUUGCCAUCAUGCCUGCGACUCAGAGUGCAUGAGCACCUUUGAGGGCUACUUUGACGAGUUUGAGGAUGCCAUCAAGUACGUACGAGCAGAUCGCUUCACGACAGAACUCCGUCCGACUUCGCUCCACCUGCUGUCCCAUGUCCACAGCGAUCACACGGUAGGCCUAGCGAACACAACCGGCAAUGUCUCGAGUAUGUUCCAGGGCAGGAUAGUCUGCUCUGCCAUCACGAAGGAUCUUCUGCUCCAUCUCAUGCCCGAGGAAUGGCGCAUCCUCACGGCAGAGGGCUAUGCUGGCGGCGAGAAAGUACAACGAUACCCCUUCUCGCAUCUCAGGCGCAAUAUCAGAGGUCGCCCCCAUGACUGUCUCCGUCCGAUCGAGCUCGAUGAGCGACACAGAUUUGAGCUUCAUGGCCACACAGUCGACGUGACCCUCAUCGACGCGAACCAUUGUCCUGGCUCGACGAUGAUGCUCAUUGAGCAAGUCGAGCCCUCACCAGUCACUGUUCUCUAUACAGGCGAUAUACGCGCAGAGCCAGACUAUCUCGAAACGUUGAGAGAGCAUCCCAUCUUGCGGGAAUACGCGCUACCAUCUACGAGUGACGUCAAAGGAAAGCGCCGAGCUAGCCCCGACUCUCCUCGCAAGACGCUGGACAGAAUCUAUCUCGACACUGCGGCCUCGUGCUGUACCGCUGAGCUCUUGCCCAAGCAAGAAGCAGUCGAGCAGGUCCUGAGUCACAUCGCGCGUUUCCCGGCUGAAACCAUAUUUUUUCUCAACGCCUGGACAUGGGGCUACGAGCUUCUCGUCGAGGCAGUUGCAGAGCGAUUCAACACUCGCAUCCAUGUGGACGCGUACAAGUUUGCGCAGUACAGCAGGAUUGGUCUCGGCCACCUCGUCACGCUGACUGAGAGCGAGUCUCGAUUUCAUGCCUGCGAGCGGAGGUGGAAGUGCGAUACCACCUGGGUCAACGGCCGAGGAUGCCGUGUGUUUGCACAAGAAGUCUUGCCAGACCUAUCGGGCUCAAAGCGGAAGAAGACAGUCUGCGAGGAGACUUGCCGGCUUGCUCACCAUCUUCAAGGCUGUCUCAAUGAGGACAGUGGUCCUCAUGUAGUCUACGUCAAUCCAUGGGAAUGCUCUCGCAAGCGAUGGCAGGCCUACAAAGACAAAGUUGAGCUCGAUCUGCAAAGAGCAGAGCAGGAGCAAGCAGCAUGCAGCAGCGACAUCUCUUGGCCUGCUAAUCUGGUCGUGCCAAUCGCGCGACACUCGACUCAUCCGGAGCUUCAUAGCUUUGUGGCAUUGUUCAGACCAAAAGCACUAUAUCCCAAUACGAUCUAUCCGAGCGACAGUGGUCUCGACUAUCUGGCCAUGGCUACUCUCUACGGCGACGUGCUCGCACCGGGCGGCACAGCUCAACUGGAGCACGAGGCCCGCGAGCACAUCAAGCGGCAUCAUCCUGACAAUGUCUACCUUGACGGAAUGUUCGGCUCUCGCGAAGUCAGUCUGAUCAUGGAUGACGAACCUCACUUUGGUCGCGAUUACUGGGCGAGCAACUUUGAAGGCUCAACAGCAGAUCGAUGGCUAGCUGCCCAGUUGCUUUCGUCCAAAGCAUCGCGGCCAGACGAUCUCUAUGAUCCCGCUACAGGCCUAUUUGAGGACGAACAGGCCGACAGUGAUAUAGCUACUGACGAUGAGCAAUCUUCGCCUGAGCCUGCCCGUCCGCUGCCGAGACUCAAGCGGAGAGCGAGCUCAGAGAUGGUGCGGGCGAUCCCUCGUUCAGGCACAGCAGGCGCAAGUCGCGAGUGCGCCAUCUUGAUAGGCUAAUGCAUGCGGUCAAGUAAACCGAAGUG